GCAUUUUAGUACAGGACCCCCCGCUUCUUUUAUUACUUUCCUUCCAACCGUUCUCCAUCGAACCGUGCGCGCGGCCUUCUGUGUGUCACCGACGCGCCUCCGAUUCAGCCUUCACUCCUAUCGAGUCCCUGCUGCCGCUGAGGGCCCUCUGUCUCCCUUUAUCUCUGCGCCUUCUGUUUUUUCCUCUUCAUUUCCCUUAUCGACGAUGGCGGACUUUGACCAGCUGAUGGCCGAGUGCUCGGCCGCACAGGACGCGAUCGCCGGGUGGCGCCAUCCACCUCCACGCGCACCCGGAGCUGUCCUUCGAGGAGCACGAGACGGUGGCGUACAUCCGGUCGGUGCUGGAGGGCUUUGGGUGUGCUGCGCUGAGCAUGUCGAACCCUGUGCCGACGGCGCUGGUUGCGGACCUUGUUGGCGGCGCUGGUGCUGGGCCGAUCAUUGCGCUGCGUGCGGACAUCGACGCGCUGCCGCUGCACGAGGAGACGGACGUGCCGUUCAAGUCGCAGAGGGCGAACGUGAUGCACGCGUGCGGGCACGACACGCACACGGCGAUGCUGCUUGGCGCUGCGAAGGUGCUGUGCGCGCACGCUGCGGAGAUCUCUGGCACGGUGCGGUUCGUCUUCCAGCACGCGGAGGAGCUGCCGCCCGGCGGUGCGGUGGAGCUGGUGAAGCUGGGUGUGAUGGAGGGUGUGAAAUACAUUCUUGGCAUGCACAUGGCACCCAACCUUCCUGCCGGCUGCGUCUCUGUGAAGAGCGGGCCGUUCACAAGCAUGACCGACAGCUUCACCAUCUGGGUGCGCGGCCGUGGCGGCCACGCGUCGACGCCGCAGCUGCUUGUGGACCCUGUGCCGAUCGCUGCGGAGGUGGUGACGGCCCUGCAGACGAUCGUUGCGCGCAAGGUGGACCCGAAGGUGGCGCCUGUGGUGUCGAUCCCGACGAUGACGACCGGGCCGAAUGAGAGCCACAACGUGAUCCCUGACGAGGUGAAGCUUAUGGGGACGGUGCGCUCGCAGGAUGUGGGAGUGCGCAAGGCAGUGCACGACUCCAUUGAGGCGGUUGUGAAGGGCAUCACCGCUGCGCACGGGGCGGAGUACAAGAUGGAGUACCUGUACGGCUACGACAUGGUGGUGAACGACCCUGCCGUGACGGACGUAGUCCGGAAGGUGGCCCGGCGUGCGCUUGGGUCCGCGGAGAGCGUGAUCGAGAUGCCCCAUGCUGUCUAUGGCGGCGAGGACUUCUCUGGGUAUUUGACGGCCGCUCCCGGGUGCUUCCUGUGGUGUGGCUGCGGCGAUAUGUCCUGCCUAACGGGCCCCGUGGAAGGCCUGCACACCUGCCGCUUUAAGGUGAAUGAAGAUGCGCUGACCUGCGGCUCGCGUGUGCACACGGCCUUCGUGUACCACUACCUCAUGUCUGGUGCGUCGAGCUAG